AACGAGAGGCACGAAGUGUGGAAACAUCAACAAGAGCGAGCAGUCAAAACAGAGAGUGAAGCCAGCAGUGAAGAAAAAGCAAAGUUAAUCACCGGGGAGAGAAGUAUUUUACUGCUCUUUUUUUGUGUGUGUUGCCGACAGUUGAUCUCACCAUGAGAUGCUGCACUCUAGUUGUGUGCUUGCUUUUGGGGAUAAGCGUGCAGGAUGGAUGGAGCGUUCCCCUGAAGUCUGUCUUUGUCACCUUCCCUGGAGAUAUCCUCAAAAACAAGACUGAUACGGAGCUGGCAGAAAGUUAUCUGCAGAGGUUUGGCUACAUGAACACGCUGCAGCGCAGCGGCUUCCAGUCGAUGGUGUCCACCUCCAAGGCUCUGAAGAGGAUGCAGAGGCAGAUGGGGCUGGAGGAGACCGGAGAGCUGGACAAAGCCACCCUGGAGGCCAUGAGACAGCCCCGCUGCGGAGUUCCUGAUGUGGCCAACUACAAAACCUUUGACGGAGACCUCAAGUGGGACCAUCAGGAUAUCACCUACAGGAUCGUUAAUUACUCUCCGGACAUGGACAGCUCAUUGAUCGAUGACGCCUUUGCCAGAGCCUUCAAGGUGUGGAGCGACGUGACCCCCCUGACCUUCACUCGCCUCUUUGACGGCACUGCGGACAUCAUGAUCUCGUUCGGAAGAGCAGACCACGGAGACCCAUACCCUUUUGAUGGGAAGGACGGCCUCCUGGCCCAUGCCUAUCCUCCCGGUGAGGGCGUGCAGGGAGACGCCCACUUCGAUGAAGAUGAGUACUGGACCCUGGGAAAAGGCACAGUUGUGAAGACUCGCUAUGGGAAUGCAAAUGGUGCCGAGUGUCACUUCCCAUUCAUCUUCGAGGGUAAAUCUUACAGCACGUGCACCACCGAGGGGCGCACCGACAACCUGCCGUGGUGCGCCACCACGGCGGAUUACAGCAGAGACAAGCAGUACGGCUUCUGCCCCAGUGAACUUCUGUACACGUUUGGAGGAAACGCCAACGGAGCGGAGUGCGUCUUCCCCUUCAUCUUCCAGGGAGAGGAGUAUGAAAGCUGCACCACGGAGGGCCGCAGCGACGGGUACCGCUGGUGUGCCACCACGGCCAACUUUGACAAGGACUUGACAUACGGAUUCUGUCCCAGCCGUGACACGGCUGUAAUCGGUGGAAAUUCUGAGGGAGAGCCCUGCCACUUCCCCUUCGUUUUUCUGGGUAAGGAGUACAGCUCAUGCACCAGUGAGGGCCGUGGAGAUGGCAAGCUGUGGUGCGCAACCACUGACGACUAUGACGAGGACAAGAAGUGGGGUUUCUGCCCUGAUCAGGGUUACAGUCUGUUCCUGGUGGCGGCCCAUGAGUUUGGACAUGCUCUUGGCCUGGAUCACUCCAACAUCAGAGAGGCUCUCAUGUACCCCAUGUACAGCUAUGUGGAAGACUUCUCCCUGCAUGAGGAUGAUGUCGAAGGCAUUCAGUAUCUCUAUGGCCGUAGAACAGGACCCGAUCCCACUCCCCCACAGCCCAACCCCCCCACCACUUCUCCUUACCCAGACCCUGAUGAGACCGACCCCACUGAUGAACCUGAGCCAACCGAUCCCACGACCCCCGUCGUGCCAGUGGAUCCGACCAAAGACGCCUGCAAGCAAGACAAAUUCGACACCAUCACUGUGAUUGACGGACAGCUACACUUCUUCAAGGAUGGACUCUACUGGAAGAAGUCCAGCAGCAGUGAAGCAGAGCUCAAGGGACCCUUCGUUAUUUCUGAGAAGUGGUCGGCUCUGCCAGCCGUCAUCGAUUCAUCCUUCCAGGAUCUUCUGACCAACAAGCUGUAUUUCUUCUCAGGGACUCGAUUCUGGGUGUACACAGGAAAGAACGUGCUGGGUCCUCGCAGCAUUGAGAAGCUCGGACUUCCCAGCAGCGUUCAGAAGGUGGAGGGAGCUCUGCAGAGGGGCAAAGGCAAGGUGCUGCUCUUCAGCGGCGAGAACUUCUGGAGGCUGGAUGUGAAGGCCCAGAAAAUCGACAGAGGCUACCCCAGAUAUACUGAUGCUGUGUUUGGUGGCGUUCCCAACGAUGCCCAUGAUGUGUUCCACUUUAAAGGUCACAUCUACUUCUGCCGCGAUCGUUUCUACUGGAGGAUGAAUUCCCGCCGGCAGGUGGAUCGCGUCGGCUACGUGAAAUACGAUCUCCUCGGCUGCUCGGAUUCAGCACGCACUCGUUACUAAGGAAACAAAUAGACAGAUGAGCUGGAAAUUGUCUGUAAUGUGGUAGCAUCCAUUUUAUUGCUCGUGCGCAGGUGUCGGGGGAUGCGAUACGGUGUUUGUGUGCAGCGCCUGUUCCAUUUAGUGUGUGCUUUCUGGGAUGUAUAUAACUGACAUUCAUUGAUGAUGGGAGGUUAUAAAAACAUCCAGCUUAAUAUACAUCAAAGUCCAGCAGAAAGCAAAGUGCAUUGUAAGGCACUGCCUUGUCUGAUAAUCUGUGAACUGGUUUCAAUAGCCUGAAAUUUGAGAGCCGCAAUUUUAAAUACAGCUGUCUGGAGCGGUGUCCAGUCACUUCCUCAAUGAUUUCUAUGUCUGACAGGUUCAGACUCCUAACAUUAUUAUUUUGAUAUUUAUAGCAAUACCUUAACAUAUUAUUUUUUUCUCAAUCUUUUUCUGUUUUAAUUAUGUGUUGAAUUCUGAACGAAAUGGCUUAAAGGCCAGAUACUUGCACUGGAUGACAAUGCAUGUCUCCUUCACUGAAGAUAUUUAUGAAACUAAAAUAUUUGUUUUGUAUUAAAGUUUGAACUUUAAAUGCAAUAAACAUUUGAUGGGAACAGCCAA